AGUGGCAGCCAUGGAAACCAUUUGACGCUAGACAUGGCGCGGUGGCUGCUAAUACGCUAAAGUAAAGCUAGCACUGCUGGCAUCUGUAAGCGCCACAUUUUGUCAAUAUUACGCACGUAAAGUCGUUGGAGACAGCUAGAUGGACAUUACCUAACAGGAGCAAUAUGUUAUUCACCUCAAUUUGUUUUGUGUGAAUGUUUGCUCACUUUAGAUCCCUCGGUUAGCAUCUCUGCUAGCUUUAGCGUCACCGAUGGCUUUCUAUGAAGUGUACUCUCAUCCGGCUCUGGUCCGGUACCGAACCAGCGUUUGUACAAAGGCCACCCUGUUCCUGGUGGUUGUUCUUUGCCUCACAUACAUCGCGCCUCUGCUGGUCGCUUAUAGAAGCCAAGGUUUCUGGAUUAAGAGAAAAACUUAUGAAGAACAGCCAGUGGUGAGAUUCCAGUACCAAACCCUGCUGUUCGCAGCCACCAGUUUACAAGGAGACUACGUUGCCUGGAGCACGUUUCCUCAUCUCAACAACAUGCUUGGGACCAACCUAAGGAUUCCCGCCGUCUCUGUGAGAGAAGAGGACCAGAACCAAGAUGGGAAGUUGGACCUUUUGACAUUUCAGCUGCAGCUUCCUCUGAAAUCUGAUGAACAUGUAUACAGUAUUCAGCUGCUGCUCACCUUCAGCUACCAGCUCUUUCGGAAGGCCACUGUAGUGAUGCAGAGCCUUGCGUUUGUGCAGCACUCGUCUCCGGUGCCCGGAGCGAAGAUGUUCAUCAGUGGAGACCUGAGGCUGCAGCAGAGGAUUCCUCUGCCUCACAAGGGGCUCCACAAGAUUUACAACGUCUCAGUGAUCGACGGCGCCAGCCUUUUUGCAAGUUCAUAUGACCUGAUCAACAUCAUGAGGAGCUACCAGGAGAGAAACUUAUCGACGGUGCUGUCCAGUCCAGUACUGGUCUGGAUUGUGGGUCGAGCUGAUGGCUCCCCCUUUGAGCUGAAUGCUGAAAUCCGUUAUCCUUUGGAGAUCAUCAGCUAUCGACCCGGCUUCUGGGAAACCAUCAAGUUUGCCUGGAUCCAGUAUGUCAGCAUCCUCCUAAUCUUCCUUUGGGUCUUUGAACGCAUCAAGAGAUUUGUUUUCCAGAACCAGGUCAUCAGAACCGUACCCACACCUGCGGGAAAACCUCACUUUUCCUGAUGCAGGGGUAGUAUGUUUUCUAUAGGUGUAGACUAUAUGAAAUUUUCUCACAUAGCUCCAUAUUUUUGAUAUUGUUUUUUUUUUUGUUUUUUUUUACUUCAUAAUCUGACUAAAUGUUAAAGGAGAGAGUUGAUCCGUUCAGGACAUUUCAUAGCAUUGUUACAAGAACACAUACACAAGUAAAGAAGAUUUUCUCCUGAAAGGCUUUUUUCCGGUAACAGCACACAGAUGACUCUCAUUGAACACCCUUUAGAUUCAUUUCAGAACAUAAAACUUAUGGACGCAGGACAGAAAGUUGUUUCUGUUUGUGCUGAUUAAUCAGAUUAGACUUUUCUUUGUAAAGGGAAACUUACAAGAAAAGCACAUUUAUUGUCUGAUAGAGUCCUAUAGUUUUUCUGCGUAGUAACCUAAUAAACCUUUUUCCUAGAAGAUAAUUAUUCUUCUUUUUCUGCUGUUUUAUAGCAUUUGAAGUGUAAGGAUUUUGUGAAUUGUCUUUAUUUUUGCAACUGUUUAAAACAGUUUGUGAUAUAAAUAAAAUUAAUUAUUUUGUAC